AUGUUGAGCGGAGUAGUGGGAGACGUCAAAGGAGUAGUUGUUUUAGACAACGAAGGCAAAAGAAUUAUAUCCAAGUACUAUAAUUCACCUAAAUGCCUCGAGAAUAACACUAGUUAGAAAGUCUUUGAACGCUAGUUAUUCCUGAAAUCAAACAAACAGGGUGGGUCGUCUAAGAUAAACUAGUACGAGAACGACAUUAUGACAAUAGACAACUAUACUGCUAUCUUUAGAUGCUACGUUGACAUGACCAUUUACAUUCUAGGCGACAGAGACGAUAAUGAAAUGGUUCUAGCUAUGGUGCUUGAUACUGUCCAUGAUUGCUUCGACACUGUGUUUAAGAGAAAUAUAGAGAGAAAGAGCUUGAUAAAUAACAUGACUGCAGUCAUUUUAGUUAUAGACGAAUUAAUUGAUCAAGGCAUUGUUAUGGCUGCAGACUCUCAGAUUAUUCUUAAGAGAAUCAAUAUCAAGGGGACAGGCCACCCAUCAGGCGCUGGCAAUGAGGGCUCUGAAUCCAGCUCAACCACUCAAAGCAGUAGUAGCAGUAGUGGAGGAGGCAUGUUCGCAUCAGUAUUCGCAAGUGCUAAAAGUUCACUGGCCAAAUCUCUAGCUUUUUGA